AUGGUGGCCGCCACCUUCUCGGAGCUGCUGGCCUCGCUGGGCGGCAUGGGCCGCUUCCAGGUGCUCUCGGUGGCCGGGCUGGCGCUGCCGCUGCUCAUGCUGGCCAGCCACAACCUGCUGCAGAACUUCACGGCCGGCGUCCCCGGCCACCGCUGCCGGCCCCACGGCGCCGCCGGCCCCACGGCGCCCGCCCCGCCCGACAGCCGCUGCCGCAGGUACCUCCUGGUGGCCAACGUGGCCAACGGCAACGUGGUCAACGACACCAUGGUCAGCAUGGCCAACAUGGUCAACGGCAACGUGGUCAACGGCAACAUGGCCAACAUGGCCAACAUGGCCAACGGCAACGUGGUCAACGGCAACAUGGCCAACAUGGCCAACGGCAACAUGGCCAACAUCAACACGGCCAACAAGCCCAUGGCCAACAUCAUCAUGGCCAACAUGACCAUGGCCAACAAGCCCGUGGCCAACGUCAACAUGGCCGACGUCCACAUGGCCAACAAGCCCAUGGCCAACACCAACAUGGCCAACAUGACCAUGGCCAUUGGCACCAUGGUCAACAUGACCACGGCCAACGUCAACAUGGCCAACGUGACCAUGGUCAACAUCACCCAAGGGUGGCCUACAGAGCCCUGCCGCGACGGGUGGAUCUAYGAGGACGGCGUCUUCGCCGACACCAUCGUCACCGAGUGGGACCUGGUGUGCGAGGCGCGGAGCUGGCGGCAGGCGGCGCAGUCCAUCUACAUGGCCGGCAUCCUGGUGGGAUCCAUCGCCGUCGGGAUCCUCUCGGACAAGUGGGGGCGCCGCCCCCUGCUCCGCUGGUGCUACCUGCAGCUGGCGCUGGCCGGCACGGCGGCCGCGCUCGCCCCGACCUUCGGCCUCUACUGCGUGAGCCGCGGCCUGGCCGGCCUCGCCAUGGCCGGCGUGAGCCUCAACUCGGCCUCCCUGUGCAUGGAGUGGAUCCCCACGGAGCUGCGGGCCACCGUGGGCACCAUCAACGGCUACUGCUACACGCUGGGCCAGUUCGUGCUGGCGGCCGCGGCCUUCGGCCUCCCGCGCUGGCGCCACCUCCAGCUCGCCGUCUCGCUGCCCUUCUACCUCUUCUUCCUCUACUCCUGGCUCUUCGCCGAGUCGGCGCGCUGGCAGGUGAGCGCCGGGAGGCCCCAGGCCGCGCUCCGGGGGCUCCGCAGAGUCGCCCGCGUCAACGGGCGCCGGGAGGAGGGCGACAGGAUCGGCCUGCAGACCCUGCAGGCCCUGGCGGGGCCGGAGGCGCCGGGCGCCGGGCGCUCCCUGCGGAUGCUGGUCCAGACCCGCGGGAUGAGGAGCGUCUCCUGCGGCGUCGCCUGCAUCUGGUUCUCCACCAGCUUCGCCUACUACGGGCUGGCCAUGGACCUGCAGCACUUCGGCGUGGACGUCUACGUGACGCAGCUGGUGUUCGGCGCCGUGGACRUCCCGGCCAAGCUGCUCUCCGUGCUCGCCAUGGGCACCCUGGGGCGCCGCUUCACCCAGGCCGCCGCCCUCGGCCUCGCCGGCCUCUGCAUCCUCGUCAACGCCGGCCUCGGCGCAGGUGGAGGCCGCGGCGGGGAGGCCGUGGGGCGGCGGGAGGGUGGGGGGUGA